AUGUCUUCAGGGAUUGGAGAUCAUGAGUUAGAAGGCGGUUAUAAUGGUGGGGAUCAGCUCGAUUCACGGGAAGGGGAGAAGAAGAGGAGACUGAACAUGGAACAAGUGAAGACAUCGGCAAAGAACUUUGAGAUGGGGAAUAAGCUUGAACCAGAGGGAAAUAUGCAGUUGGCUAGAGCUGAAGAGAACUUCGCUUGCAGUCGACCAGGCUUUCCCCCAUCCCUUCACAGCCUCACCCUCAAAGUCAACGAUUGCAAGCCACCACUUCAAUCAUGUCCCGUCCUCUCACCACUCUGA